CAUUUCACUGAUUAUAAUGUAGAUUGUGUCAUUAUUGUUAGAUUAUUAGUAUUAAACAUCAGAAUUACAAGCCAAUAAAAACGGCAUGUGUGGCCCAACGUUAGAAAAAAGAGCAGAUAUUGAUAAACUGGCAAAUCAUGUGAUCUCUCUUUUACGAGUGAUUAAUAUUUUACAGUUUGUUUUCUUCCUGCAGGGGGCAGAAAUACACCUGCUGCAGAAGACAGCGAAGAAGAAGAAGAAGACAGCGAAGAAGAAGAGGAGGUCACAGAGUCCGCUGAAGUGGAAAAGCAGCUGCAGACCAGUCCAGUCCAGACCAGUCCAGUCCAGACCAGUCCAGUUCAGACCAGUCCAGACCAGGCCAGGCCGGUUCAAACUGGUUCAUAAUGAGAGCCAUGUUGAGAUCUCUUAAGGUCCUCCUCUCUGCCACAACAUGUCUGCCGACUCGCUGCUGCUCAGGCUUCGUCUCCAGGACGAGGUACGUGAACAGGCUGAAGGAGGAUGAUGAAGCGUGUGCUGCAGCGCUGCAGACCGGUCGCAUUUUCCUGUUCCACCGCCUUUCUCCUCUGCUGCAACGCACCGAGCAGGGAACCUUCAGACCAGCAGCACUGAUGUGCUCAGACGUGCAGUCGAUCCUGGAGAGACUCGGUUCAGACAGAACCCUGCUGAAGGAGUCGGUUCUGAUCGGCUGCUCUAAACAGAACCAGGCUCAGUUCUGUCUGGACGUCGGAGAGCUGGAUCAGGCAGCAGUAGAGGAAGUGUGUGAAGGAAACUUUAUCGAUCUGAGGAAAGCUUUCUUUCUUCUGACGGGAGCAGAGGUGCCUUUAGUGGCCAAGGGUCAGGCUCUGCUGCGCUGGCAUCAAACCAGCGGCUUCUGCAGCGCCACGGGCCAGCCGACCCACCGCAACCAGGCAGGAAGUCAGAGGGUCUGCAGCAGCAGCGGCAUCGUCUACUACCCCAAGAUGUCUCCAGUGGUAAUCGUCCUGGUGUCUGAUGGGAAACGGUGUUUGUUAGGACGACAGUCGUCCUUCCCUCGGGGGAUGUACAGCGCUCUGGCCGGUUUCUGUGACAUGGGUGAGACUCUGGAGGAGACUCUGAGCAGGGAGGUGGCGGAGGAGGUGGGUCUGGAGGUCCACAGUGUCUCCUACAGCUCCUCACAGCACUGGCCUUUUCCUCACAGCUCCUUAAUGCUGGGCUGCCACGCCUCUGUUAGCCCCGCCCACACUCAGUUAAACGUGGACCACACAGAGCUGGAGGACGCUCGCUGGUUCAGUCUGGAGGAAAUCACCUCCGCCCUGCAGGUGAAGACUCCACCCAGGAGAGGCGACCCCCCCGUCCUCUGGCUUCCUCCAAAACACGCCAUCGCCAACCGCCUCAUCACCGAGUGGAGGGAUCGCCAGCGACGCAGCGAGGAGAGAGAGUAACGUCCAAACUGAACGCACUGGGGAACAUGUUCCUAACAUCCACAUAUCAUCCAGACUGAGUUUACAGUCUGGGACCCCAGUCAGGACUGAAGGUCAUGUGACAUCCAGAGACCCAGAAGGACUUCUUUGUAAUCAGCUGUGAGUCUGUGGAGGAAAUGUACUGACCUUCAUUCAGAUUCAAAAAUCACUCUAAAUCAUGUAACAGAACAUUAAGAUACUUUAAAACACAAUCUGAGUCAGAAACCUCCUCAGAGUCGUAACUCAGACCUGAACUCAGACAUGAAACACAUCGAGUCGUUCAGUGCGACUUACAGAGAUCAGCGUCUCUGACGUCCGUCCAGAAUAAACCUCAGAAACCAGCUGAGACACCAGAGAAGAAAGCGGCUGCAGAACCUGCCUGAGAAUCCUGCUGUUUCUAAGUUUCCUUCAGUCUCACAGUGAUCCAGAGACAGCUGUCUGUCCGUCCACGGGUCCACUGCAGACAGGAGCUGCUGACUGCUGGUUCGGCUGCUCUGACGGGACAGUCUGACUGCAUGUGGACACAUACAGGCUGAAACUCACUCCCCUCUUCUCAGUUUGUACCUCCUCACCUCGCCUCCUCGCUCCUCAAGAUGGCGCCCUGAGAUCGGUUUCCGGGUCACAGGCAGGAGGACGGAGGAGACGAGGAAUGAGAAGAGUCCACUAACUCUGGCAACAUUAUACUUCCUGUUUACAUCCCCCAAUGCAUCAUGGGAGCUGUAGUUUCAAAACUUGAGCAUAAUUAUCCCCCAGAUAGAAAUGAGACAUAACAGAGUGACAUCUAUUAAUCAUCUAUUAAACAAAAAAUAUUUCUUGAUGUUUUUCACAACGAAAACGAGGCUGAAAGUAAAUGAAGUGUCGUGUUUUACAGUGAAAGACGCACAAAUCAACUAAUUACGGUUUCAAUGCAAAGUUUUAUUCAAAGUCCUGCAGAAUCUCACACUGCAGCUCCUGAUUGGUCCAACAGUUUCCUCCAGCAGCCAAUAAUAUCUCUUGUUCAGAAGCUGAUUUAGCUUUUGCACUAAGUGAAGUUUUUACAUCUUUAUUUCCAUGACAACUUCUUCUGCGGAUGAAGACGAUGUUGUAUGAUAGAAAGCUGCAGAGCAGCGACUAAAUGGCGUCGCAUGUUGAUGACUUGGCAGUGUGGCCGCCAUGUUGCUGACGCGGCCGUUUCCGCUGAUUCUGAAGCCAUUUUACUGUAAAUCUGAAACGUUUCUAGAAAAAUAGCGAGUCACGUGUUUCUGGUGAUCGGCGAGAAUCAAUAAAGUAAAAUAAUGAUGAUAUGGAUCAGGCGCUGCUGCUAUAGUAAAUAACUCGCUGACACAUCUGAACAUUUAUUGACGAGUUACAGAAACAUUCAAUAUAACAUCAAGACACAGCAGCCGUUUAUUAAAUCACAUGAGAUCUGUGGACCAAUCAGAGUCGCAGCUCUGCUUGUUUCCAGCCACCACAGAAGAAGAAGA